AGAUGUAUAUUUGCGUAUACUGCACAAAUAAUACGGCUUAAGACUGGACACGGUUGCUUGCUUCUAGUUUGUUGUUGCUUCCUGAGUUUUUAUUAGUAUUGUCUGUGUUUUACGGUUGGAGACUAUGUAGAGUAUAGUGGCAUGUUAAUCAAACCCUCGACCAGAAAGCAAGAUCUUGUGAAUUUCGCUACCAAGAAAAGGUGAAGAAAACCUUUUGCUGAAGGCUUGCCUUUACACCAACAUUACCAUGGAUUAUUGGAGUGCAUUGGAGGUGUACGUGGAGAUGCUGCUACUCUACCUGAAUGAAGCCAGGAGGCUUGUGAACAGCAACUGUGAGCAGCUGGAACCAUGGCAGAUCAUUGGAAUCACUCUCAUAUCCACCCUAGGAGCCAUCUGGGUCAAAGGCUUCCUCUUUCAGCAAGAAACCCUGAAAUCCCGAAUCAAGAAGCAGGGUUUUCGGCUCAUCAGAAAACUACCCUAUGUCGGCGCGACGAUCCAGACCAAACUGAACAAGGCCCUGGACGACAUGUCUUUUAGUGUUUGCACCCUGAAGAAAGGCAUGAGCUACACUAAACACCUGCCUGAAAAAGGACUAACCCAAGAGGAAGUUCUAAAAAAGAUCCAAGAAUACGAAACCCUGAAUGAAGUGAAUUGGGAGAAUGGACAAGUGUCUGGUACAGUCUACUGGGGAGAUCAGACACUUACCAAUCUUUUGGUGAAGGUGUAUGGAGAAUUUGCAUGGAGCAACCCACUUCAUCCAGACAUCUUUCCUGGUGUGAGGAAGAUGGAGGCGGAGGUCGUGAGAAUGACCUGUACCCUCUUCAAUGGUGGGCCCAACUCAUGUGGCACAGUCACCUCCGGAGGAACUGAAAGUAUUUUGAUGGCAUGCAAGGCCUACAGAGACUUGGCCCGUGAGCGUGGUGUAAAACAUCCUGAAAUCAUUGCACCAAUCAGUGUCCAUGCUGCCUUCGACAAAGCAGCUCACUACUUUGGAAUGAAGCUAGUUCACAUCCCUUUGGAUAAGAAGACCAUGAAAGUGGAUGUUAAGGCUAUGGGGAGAGCCAUCAACAGAAACACUGCCAUGCUUGUAUGCUCCGCACCCCAGUUCCCCCAUGGAAUCAUUGAUCCUAUUGAGGAAGUAGCAAAGCUGGCUGUAAAGUACAAUCUCCCUCUGCAUGUGGAUGCCUGCUUGGGAGGGUUUCUCAUCGUGUUCAUGGCCAAAGCCAAUUACCCACUAGCUCCCUUUGACUUCAGGGUAAAGGGUGUGACUAGCAUCUCGGCUGACACGCACAAGUAUGGCUAUGCCCCCAAAGGGUCAUCUGUGAUCCUGUAUAGUGACAAGAAGUACAGGCAGUACCAGUACUUUGUGUCUCCGGACUGGCAGGGGGGCAUCUACGCCUCCCCGUCGGUGGCAGGCUCUCGGCCGGGCGGUAUCAUUGCGGCGUGCUGGGCCACCAUGAUGUACAUGGGAGAGGACAACUAUGUGAAGACCACCAGGAAGAUCAUUGACACUGCCCGCACAAUCAAAACUGAAAUCCGCAAGAUAAAUGGCGUGUUUGUGUUUGGAGACCCAGAAGUGUCUGUGGUGGCAAUAGGCUCCAAUGUUUUCGACAUCUUCCGUUUAUCUAAUGCACUGACUUCAAAGGGAUGGAAUCUCAACACGCUACAGUUUCCAUCCAGCAUCCAUAUCUGCUGUACAGUACUGCACACACAGGCAGGGGUGGCCAAAAUGUUUAUCAAGGAUGUCAACGAAGCGGUGGCUCUGAUCAUGAAGAACCCCAAUGAGAGGACCACUGGAAAGGGAGCCAUCUACGGCAUGGCUCAGUCCAUCCCUGACAGAUCCAUGGUUACAGAGAUCUCCCGUGGCUUCCUGGACUGCCUCUAUAGCACAGAGGUGCCUAAGUUGCCAGAGCCCCAGAAGAGCCAUACGAACGGCCUCAGCAACGGCAAGGCCCACUGAGUAGGCCUGGACACACACCCAGGUCAUAUUCAUUAGGUCAUCCGGUGGAAGGUUUAAGUUUUCUAAUCUGAGGGGAGAAUGAGUAAAAAAGUGUUUCUUAUUGGACCAGUUCCAAUAGGGUAUCUGUUUCAAUCUGUUUUUUUCCGUUUGGUGUCUAAUGAACAUGGCCCUGGUUCCCGGCCUGCUUUACCUCUGGUCCACUCACUUCAUUAUUUAACGGUUGCCUUAUCUUGGCCAGCUUUUAUCUGCUCACCCUUUGGUAGACACAGUGUCUACUGUAUGUGUAGACCAUAUCUUGUGUAACAAAGUGGGUUAAAAAUGGUUUUGUCUUUUGUCAACAAUUGCCAUACAAUAUUCUGUAAUGUCAGACAAAAUUCUAACAGUGUCUAGAUUAAUGAAAAACAAAACACUAAUGUGCUUUAUGUAGGUAUUCACCCCCAAGUUGGCAGUGAUUACCAGUGUGCCUUCCUGGUUAUCUAAAAAAAUGACGCAGCAUCAUUGUGUCUUCAGGCUCAUUCAAGGUGUUGGGAAUUACGGCUAGACAGCAGUCUUUCCAUACAUUUCAAGGAGAUUCAAGUCAAAUCUGUAACAUGGCCGCACAGGAACAUUCAAUGUCUUUUGACAGGCAAAUCCGAUGUAGAUUGAUAGCUAUAAAGAUGUAGGUAAUUGUCUUGUUGAAAGGUGAAGUCCUUUCUCAGUAUCUGGUGUAAAGCCAAACAUAAGCCACAAACCCAAACCUUUGCAUUUAGUUCAAAAAUUGUAUUUCUUUGCAUUCCUUUUCUGUGUUUUAUGCAGUAUUAAUUCAGUGCCUUGUUGCUUACAGGAUAUAUUUUUAUUCUGUAUAUAUUUAUUAUUUGUUAUCAUGUAGUUCGUUCACUGUUGUUCCUUCCUCUGUUUUCAAUCACAGCCAUUGAAGAGGUUAUAGGGAACAGAUGAAGGGGUACACAUUCCAAAAUCGUAUUAACCUUUAUCGUUUCACACAGAAUGAGUCCAUCGAAGGAGUGAUUUGCUAAGCAAAACUUUACACCUGAAUUAAUUUAGUGUUGCCUUAACAAAGGUGGUGAAUACCUAUGCAAGUACUAUAUUAAAAAUGUUAAUACAUUUGUAAAAAUGUGUAGAAUCUUCUGUCAUCUUGACAUUAGAGUACUCUGUUUUGCGUGAAAUACAAAAAACAAAAUCACAAUUAAAUGUAUUUUAUUCCCACUCUGUAAUGCAACAAAACUAAUACUGAUCUGAACACAUAUAAUGCCUACUUAAUCUUCUAAUGCACAAGCCAUUGUUUUUAGCAGCUGUGUCAGACAUUUGUUUUAGAAAAUUAUUUUUUGAAAGCAAAAGCACAUAUUGUAAAAUUGGUAAGAUAGCGGUUAAAACCUUUGAGGGGGUUUUGUCCUCUUGUGUGAUUUCUUCAUGUAAUAACAUUGUGUUGUGUUUCUUUUAUUGUUCUGUACAGCACUUGACAAUGGUUUUAUAGAAGUGGCAGUUUCAUUUUAUUUUGGAGUAGGUGCUAUGAAAGCCUUCAUUUUUAAUAUCCUUAUUCCGCUCUCAACAGUUUUUCUUGAUAUAAGUGGUGAUUAAAAAUAAUGGCGUACUUUCUAAAGCAGAAAUAUUUCAGCCUCAAAGAAACAUUUGGAGUGCAAGACCACAAUCAGCAUUGAGAGAAGCUCUCCACUGCCUCCAACUAGAACUGCCUUCUACAACAAAGUAAUUAUAUCAGUCCCUCAGUUUUCAUUCCCAGUCUUGCCCUCAUACUGUCGUAGUCACCUAAUAAUCCCCAGCUUCCAAUUGGCUCAUUCAUCCCUUUUCCUCUCCCUGUAACUAUUCCCCCGAGUCAUUGCUGUAAAUAACAAUGUCUUCUCAUUCAACUUACCUGGGAAAAUAAAAAAAUGCUAAACGGUGCUAAUGUCCUAGUAGAUAACUCAAUGAUCAGGACUUAAUUAUAGGGGAGUCAUGUCUCCAAGGACUUCUUGGUACUGCAAACUUGAAUACUUUUCAAAAUUAGACAUUUCUAGGCACAGCAUUAAUCAAUAUCAUAAAUAGACACUGUGUAAACAUUGUAGUGGGUUUAAGUUCAUUCCAGCCAUGAGCUUAUUUUGACCACCAACAUAAGGAAUCAGAGAAUACGGUAGUCGGUUUUGACAUUUAAAACAUAUUUAUAACCCCCCUGUUUUUUUGAGACAAUGAUUUAGCACUGAAUAAAUCUCAAUGAACAGGAAAUUACUUAUUUUAGCAUCCUCAUAGGCAUAAACUGUUGACAUUGUUUUGUGUUCUAGUUGUUCAUUUAACAAUCAACCUUUUGAUUUUAUCUACCUCAUUUUCUAUUCAAUGCAUUUGUGUUUCCUUUUAACCCAGUAAUGUCUUUAUUGGUCUAAAGUGAAAACGUGAAAUAUUUUCAGGCUAAACAGUUGACAUUUGAUGGGUGUCCCUAAAUAUUCAUGAUACUGGGUUAAAACGGUUUGCCAGAAAUACCCGCCACUGAAUACAAAAAACCUUUGAUCUUUACCCUCAAUAUGUCAAACUGAAGGGCAUAUCACCUGUUUUUACUUCUUUCCAAAUUCAAAAUAAGGGAAUGAUUUAUAUGUUAUGAUGAUGUGAUAGCUUUCAAAUAUACCACUGAAUUAUAACAUAGCCCUGUCCUUUAUAAUUAAGUAUUGACAUGUUUAUGUGACCACUUUAUUUGUAUGAAUCACUAAUAUGAAUCAUUUUAUAUCUUAUUUUUGUUUCCUUAUCUGCUAAAUGUGUGUGAAUAAAUAAAAUAAAAAAAUCAAGUAUU